AAGGGGAGGAGCUAGCAAACAGAAGAUCCGAAAGAAAAGAUUUAGAAACACACACACAGAUUUCAGCUUUGACUUGUUCCCUGGUAUGUUUUUCACUACAUCAAAAUGGGUUUAAGUUCAACUGAAGACUCACACAGCUCUCCUGUUGUCAGAGACCUGAGGAUUGUCCUGCUGGGGAAGACUGGAUCAGGAAAAAGUGCAACCGGGAACACCAUCCUGGGACGAAAAGUUUUCACCUCAGAGAUUUCUCCGUCUUCUGUGACAAAGACGUGUGAAAAACAAACAAGCCACUUUGAUGACAGAACCGUGACUGUGGUGGACACCCCUGGUGUCUUUGACACAUCGAGAAAGGAAAACCAGCUGAAAAGUGAAAUACAGGAAUGUAUGGCGCUGUCUGACCCUGGACCCCAUGUAUUCCUGCUGGUGAUCAGACUAGAUGUGAGGUUCACAGAAGAGGAGAAGAAUACCAUUGAGUUGAUCAAGAGCAACUUUGGAGAGGAAGCGGCUAAUUAUACACUGGUGGUUUUCACUCGGGGAGAUGAGCUCCAGGAUAAAUCCAUUGGUGAUUAUUUAGACCAAAAUUCUGAACUCAAGGAGUUUGUUAAUGGCUGCUCAACUGGAUACACUGUUUUUGACAACACACGCAUGGAAAAUCGCACACAGGUGGCCGAUCUUUUUGAAGUAAUAGAUGAGAUAGUGCAGCUAAAUGAUAACUGGUAUACCAGAGGCAUGUUCGAAGAGGCCCAGAGAAAGAAGAAUUCAAAGGAACGGUGGAGAAAAUGGGGAGGCUAUAUGAACACUGCAGGUAAUCAUUUGUUUGGGGCAGCAGUGCUCACAGCUGUCCCUGUAGCUGGUGCAGGUUUGGUGGCAGAGGAAGCAGCCCCUGCAGCUACUGCUAUUUUUGCAGCAGCUACAUCCAUGAGAGCGAUUUCAAUGGUCGCAAGUGGAGGGAUUUCUAAAGCCAUUGGCUGGUGGAUGAAACCUAAAACAGACAAGAGGGGAAAAAGUUGGAAACACAAAACAGGUUUGACACUUUUUUCCUGGAAUUUCUGUCCUUACCGCAAGAUGGAUCUGAGCUUCACUCAAGACUCACACAGCUCUCCUGUUGUCAGCGACCUGAGGAUUGUCCUGCUGGGGAAGACUGGAUCGGGAAAAAGUGCAACGGGGAACACCAUCCUGGGACGACAAGCUUUUCCCACAGACAUUUCUCCAUCUUCUGUGACAGAGAAAUGUGAAAAAGGCACCAGCCGCUUUGAUGACAGAACCGUGACUGUGGUGGACACCCCUGGUGUCUUUGACACAUCGAUUAAGAAAGAUCAGCUGAAAAGUGAAAUAGAAAAAUGUAUCAUGCUGUCUCUCCCAGGACCCCAUGUAUUCCUGCUGGUGAUCAGAUUGGGCAGGUUCACAGAAGAGGAGAAGAAUGCCAUCAAGUGGAUCAAGAGCAACUUUGGAGAGGAAGCGUCCAAUUAUACACUGGUGCUUUUCACUGGGGGAGAUGAGCUCAAGGGUAAAUCCAUAGGUGAUUAUUUAGACCAAAAUUCUGAACUCAAGGAGUUUAUUAGUGGCUGUACAGCUGGAUACACUGUGUUUGACAACACACGCAUGGAAAAUCGCACACAGGUGGUCAAUCUUUUUGAAAUGAUAGAUGAGAUAGUGCAGCUAAAUGAUAAUUGUUAUACCAGAAGCAUGUACGAAGAGGCCCAGAGAAAGAAGAAUUCGAGGGAACGGUGGAGCAGGUGGGGAAACACUAUGAACACGCUCAGUAAUCAGUUGAUGGUGGCAGCAGUGCUCACAGCUGCACUUAAUGCUCCAGCAGCUGGUGCUGCUGCUGCAGCAGCGACAUCCAUAAGACCAGUUUUAAUGGUCGCAGGUGCAGGAAUUUCCAAAGCGGUCAGUUGGUGGAUGAAACCUAAAACAGACAGCUGACUCAUGCCAAGAUGCUUCAGACAAUUGUGAAGGCAUUGUGUUGACUGCCUUUUCAUUUAAAUUCAUAUUUGAUUUUUUUCUUUAUUGCAUUUCUUUAUUUCAUUUAUUAGUCAUAGCUUGCCUGUUUUGAAACAUAACUUCAUUGUUUAGGACAAAUCUUUAAAUUGUUGAUGCUGCACACUUUUAGCAUAAAUAUCAUUUUGUAUGGUGGACACUAAUGUGAUUGUUCUGUUAGAGUAAAAUAAAACAAUAUCACAACUAUUUCAAAAAA